UCUCUAUGGGCUGUGUGUCUCUGUCAGUUUUCUUUGCUCCAGGAGGGGAGACUCCUAGGAUGUUUCUCUGAAUAAGGACGUCCAAAGUGCGUAGUGACUAGAUCGGAGCCAAGGCGAAAAACUAGGGAAUGGGAGGGAGAGUACUGUACUCCGAAGCAUGAAAACUACUGAUCAGUGUUGCCAGUGUUUUCCUGAUUGCUCCAAAAUAGCAGGUAACCUCAGAUAAAGUGCCCUUGUGAAUAGGAAUGCCUGCCAGAUAUCAGCAGUGGAGAUCAUGGAUGAAGAUCAAAUAAUUGAAGAAGUCUUGGAUAAGUUUGUUAAUUGUCAUGAGCAAACAUAUGAAGAAUUUCUGAGCACUUUUACUCAUCUUUCAAAAGAGGGUGAUGUGACCAAGAGGGGCGCAUUCGGAACUAAGUCUUCAGACAACAUACCUACUUCAACACAGCGUUCUCAUGGAAGUGAACCGAAUAGUCACCGCCUCAGAAAUAAAGCCGUCUCUCUUCAUACUUCAUCACAGAGUGCAGAAGAGGAGCAGAUAGCGCUAGACGAAGGCCAGAGUGCUGGCAGCGCCUUUCGAGGUGAUCUGAGUCGGGCCGGAAACGUGAAGGUAGAUAACUUCCUAGCAGUAGAAGAUCUGGAUGUGGAUGAAGAGAUUGAGCCCCAGACAAGCAAGGGUUUGCUGCUGCUGCCCGGAGAAGUGGAGCAGGACAUAAGCACCCGCGUCCCUUCGUACGUUCCCUCCGUGGCCCAGCCCCCGACCCCUGGAGUCAAGCCAAGGCCCACGGUGAAAGGCGUGGACGAGCAGGACAAGCACAGGGACGAGAUACUCGGGGAUGAAGUUCAGCCCUUCCGUCUUGAUGACGAAUUUGACUACGACGCUGUGCUGCUCACGCCCAAGUUCACUCCUGCAGAGAUGGAUGCCAUCAAAGAACUGUCCGCGCAGAGGCGAGGGAACGCCGACACAGACUUGGAGGAACCCCGUGACUGAUGCACCAAGACAUCUUCCUGUUUUUUAUUUUGUUCUUAUUCAAGCAACGAUAGAAUAAAAGAUAGACCUACCGUAAUCCCCUUUGUGG